UCACCCAUUCAGCCACUACUAUAACAGCACAGUCACAAGUGAGACGAGUCACAUGACAGACGCUCAGCCAAUCGGCGCCGAUUUUAUGAAGAGAAACCGAAAACAGCGUCUUGCGCGUCUAAGGCGCUGAAGUCGCCAUGGAGACCGCGGUUAUCGGAAGUGCGUCAUGCACCGGAAGCACAAGGCAGCUGGCGCGAAACUUUGGAAAGGGGAGAGGAGGUUUGAAUAACAUCACCAUCACCAUGAGAACAUCAGGCGAAUUUGCUGCCGAGAGUCAUUCUCCCGAGGAAGCUCAAGGGGAAGAAAGUGUGAUUGUCAUCAGUGACGAGGAAGGAGAGGUCACUCUGGGAUUGGGCAACUCUGUGUUAUUAAUAGAAGAUGGUGGAGAGGACUCUUUCAUUCGGGAUAAGAGACCAGUGGAAGUGCUGGAUGAAGAACUUGCCAUUACAUUCAGCAAACGGGGGAAUGUGAUGCCCCAUGCCAGAUACGACUGCACGGCUUACCCUUUCUCACGUGCUGAGGAAGAAACCCAGGUGCCACUGGAAGAUAAUGAGAAGGCUUGCGCGGAGUGCUAUUGCUAUCUCUGUGAUAAGCUGGCCUCGGAGUGCCCCAAUUGGACGAGCGUUUCUUCCUGCCACUGCAAUGCACACAACAAGAGCAAAUACUGGAAGGAGCAGCGAGACUCCGCUUUGGCUGGGGUGCUAACCAUAUUCAAUCUGGAUCUCACAGAGAUUGACUCAGAGCUUCGGGAAGGAGGGAGUUUGUUGCAGAAUUUUAUUAAUGAAAUGAAUGUUAUAUACAAGAAGUACGUAGAUGGGGAAAUAAUGAAUCGAGAGAGCCUGUAUUCCUGCACGUGCGCGUGCCACCGUAGAAGAACAACCCGGCCAUGCAAUAGCUGCGCAGUGCAUCACACGGGAGCACUCAUUCAUAAUUAUGCUCCAGUGUUUGUGGCAGUCACAGAGUAUUUAGAUAAAGCCGAGCUGCAAAGCCCCAAAACGUCUGUAGUGAUGCAACUGGGGGCAGUCAAAGAGUUGGUCAGCCAUCAAGCGACUCCAAGCCCCCUUGGACUAAAGGUGCCACAUGCGUGCUUGAAAGAAUCAUCAGUGCAGCUAAUGGAUAGGAUUGUAAGAUCUCUCCAGGGGCUUUUCGUUCUCGCAGAUUUCCCAAAGGAACUUUAUGAUAAAUUUGUGAUGUUUUUCCAGUCUCUCACGCUUCCCCCUCACCUGUACGUGUACGUUAAUAGCUUGAACGUCAUCCGCUGGGAUAACUUAUUCUUGACCUCGGUGUUGGCCGGCCAGAAUACAACAGGCCAGCGCACUAACAAAGGGAAGAAAGAAUUCCUCUGGGAGCCAUUACCCGUGGUGCAGGCCAGGGUAAAGAGACUGGAGGAUGAAAAGAGUUACAGACAGGUGGUGCGCUACCUCAACGCUGUGAGAUGCCCCGACACAGGAGGGCUGACAAGCUUAAGGCAGAAAAUCUGCUUCUAUAUGUGCAAAUACGGAGAUUUUGCAAGUGCCGCCUACGCUCUCAUCCACCUGAAGAGCCUGCCGCGCAGCUUAGCCCUGUCCCUCACGCCGGCACAGUUUGAGUUGUACCUCCUAAUGCUCCGGACCAGCAGCUACCCACCCGGGAACGACCUUGUGGCGGGGGAAAUGUGGAUUCCAUUUGAAGGGCCGCCAAUGAGAAAGGGAAUUUUAGUCCGUUGCGCGAUCAAGAUUCUUUUCCUGAACGUCGGCCUCUCUCAGCAGGUGAAGUGCUGGGCUGCUCUAAUCCGAACCUGGUGCACUAGCGACAUGGUGACCCCAGAAGGGGCGCUCGAUCCCAUGCACUUAGAUGAGCCAGACCUACAUUUCCAAGGCAUGGUGAUGAACAUGUCUUGUGCUAUCCUGGAUGAGCUGCGUAGGCAACCCCACGCUUACCUCCCUGAUCCAUUCCCAAAGUCUCCUUUUAGCUGUGAGCUGAUCCUUGUGGUCCAGGCUGUCAUUCAAUUCAUGAUGAACUCAGUGACCCCGUUAUGGGGCACAUUACAACUCAUCUUAGCCUUUGGGACGAAUAUUUGGGCGUUGGUGCUGCUAUUGGAUGGGAUCUCCCCCAUGCAGUCCCUGUUGGUCGGCUUUGUAUCCAACCUAAACAAAGAGCUGUGUGAUGAGGAGCAGCUUCUCUUGAGAGAGCUGAGAAGGAACGGCGCCCACUACGCAUCCCACUUGGUUUCAGCGUUUUUACUGCACUCGUUUGAUGGGGUUCGCUCCGUUGGCUUUCACAUCCUCGAUAUCAUCAUACUGAAUAUAAACAUGUUCCCAUGGAGCCCUGCUCUUGCUGGGUACUUGAAGGUGAGGGUGCUGGAUAUCCAGAGUCUGAAGGUUCUCGCCGAGAUCCAGGCAUUAAAAAACAAGAUUGCAAGGCUAAGAAGCUGCUGUUAAUGGGGGAGGAGCCGAGGCUGCCCAUAAAGAACACUGCCUUUAAUACAUAUGCACUUUGCGCCGAGAGAAUCUCUGUGCCUCUUUUUGUACUCAAGUGCCUCUGGGCCUGCAAGUGGAGGAAAAGCUUUUAUAUCCGAGUGAUUUUAUAUUUCAGAUAUCCGUGGAAAUUGUCCAACAGGGGGCGCUGGUGCUUGUUUGCGAUCCAGCAAAUAAUGUUAUUAGCGUACUUGCGGGUUUACUUACCCUUUGCAGCGGUGACUGUGUUAUUAUUCCCAUGCAAAGUGCAUAUACUGUAGCAUUACAUUACUGUGGGCUAGGCCAAACUACAGUCUUUACUAAUUAUUGAAUUCAUAGCAACCAAUCAGCAAUUGGCUUUAGUUGGACAGCUGCAGGAGGACUGGUGAAAGCCAUAUACGGAUUGGUUGUUAUGGGCAGAUACUCCAGAAGAAUACUGGUCUCAGCUUUGUGAAUUCCCACCAUAAUAUUCAUACUAUAGCUCCUCUGCUGUAACUGAACGGCACCGCUGAGCAUGCUGGGAGUGUAGUGCAGCAACAACUGGCUGGCCAAAGGAGUCGGUGAAGCUCCAUCUAUAGGGUUAACCUCCAAAUGCCUAAUAGAUAAUGUGCCACUUGUCAUUUCCCAUAAUCCUUCUGCCAUUCUCUUUCCUGAAUAGCUGGCUGGCACUGGCCAAUGGCGGCCUCGGGCCAUGGGGUUCUGUACAGAGAAGCAAUUGGACCCAAUACUGUUUUAUACUUAGUACUACGUGCUGUUUAGGAAUCCAAAUAAAGAUGUUCUGUUUGUGUUUUGUUAUUGUGCAACCCCUGUGUAUUAUUUUUUUAUAUUUAAAAACAAAAGGUUAUAAAAGCAAUUCUGAUUGGUUCAGCCUUUGUGUGUCCAUGAACUGUGUUUGUUUUCAUAAACCUUUAUUAAAGUGCCUAUUUUAUAUCUGUGCCAGUGCAGA